UUCUUUCUCAGAGAACGUAGGAUUUCUAGAAAUGGAAGGAGCACUGAGUGCCAGAAGCAGUCCAAUGUCACCUCCUGAGCGAGACCUUCUCAUGGGCCUCAUCUGUGAGGAGAAGAUCCUCCAAGACAGGAGGACAGACGGGAAGGUUGUCCUCCAGAAGAGGGCAGCGUGGGCCCGAAUCACGCGCCUGUUUAAUUCCCACAACCUUGGACCGCAGCGCACUGAGCAGCAACUCAAGAAAGUUUGGGAGCGUUUAAAAGUAAAGGCAAAACAAGAACAUGCAGUGAAGAGGCGGGAGGACAUGAGAACUGGUGGAGGUGCCCCUCCUGCGGAUCUGCCAAAAGAAUCGGACCAAGUGCUGACAAUACUUGGCACGGAUUUGCACGACAUAGGAAAUCCGUUUGACCUCGAUGCAAUGCCAGCCAUGUCCAAGUCGCACCGACAAAGUCUACUCAUCCGAUUUACCAAGUCUCUCUUUGUGAGAGCAAAUUCAUAUUCAGAAAAAACACUUGCAGUAUGCAGUGUUGUAGCACAUCCUGCAACAAAUUCCGUGGAAGAGGAGGUUCCAGCAUCACCACAAGCAAAAGAACCAGAGGAGGUGCCCGCCCCCUCACCAUCAACUGUCAGGACAAGGCAUUGCAGAAACAGAGCAGCAACCAGCUACAAAAAUACGACUGCCACACCAGAACUAUUAGAAAUUAGUAGGGAGAGGGAGAUUACAAACAAUAGGUUUUUGGAGAAGAGGGAGCAUUUGAUCGAUCUUCAAAUCAAACACAUGAAAGUGAAAAUAGCUGAAGCAGAACAAAGGGAGGAAGAGGCUAUAUUUAGAAAAGAGAUAACAAAAAAAGAACUUGAAAAGCUAAAUAAUAGCUAAGGAUGUACACAGGUAGGACAUCACAGGGAAUGUUUAUGUAAUAUAGACUAA